UACCUUUCCGACUUUCGAUGCAAAUUUAGUGAAAAUGGCGACCUUGCUGAGGUUGGUAGCAAGGAAAACAACAAAAACUUAUGCCAAUAGACUCUUUAAUCAUACUAAAUUUGGUCAGCCAUGCUGUUUCAUUUCUACUUCAAAGAAGAAUAAAGAGAGCUUAACUGUUAGACCUGAUUCGACAACCCCACUUGAAGAAACAGAAGAAUUCAAAAGAUUGAAGGAACAUUUUGCAGAUUGGGACCCAGAGAAAUCAAAGAAUUGGGUAUCUUAUGGAUUUGAUUUCACAGACAGAGACAUGGACACAUUCAUGAAAAAUAUGGUUAUGUUUCUUAUAGUCAGUUGUACUUUUGUUGCAGCUAUGACAUUUGUAAUGUACAGCCCUGAUGUAAGACUGAAAAAUUGGGCUUGGAGAGAAGCUUUCUUAGAAUUAGAACGAAGAGAAAGAGAGGGUUUACCUUUAGUUGAUCCAAAUUUAGUGAACCCUGAGACUGUAGAAUUACCUUCAGAGGAAGAGAUUGGAGAUCAAGACAUAAUUAUAUGAAUACUUUGUACAGUGAAUUUAUAUUUAAUGAAUGAUAGAAUUUAUA